AUGCAGGCGCUGCGGCAGCCGCCCGUGCAGCCGUCGGCCGCCGGACGCGUGGCCUCCCUGGUUGCAGCUGCGCGACCGCACGCCGCCACUGCAGAGGCGCAGGUGGCGGUGGCAUUGGAGGCAGCAACAGCCGCAGAGCGCCUGCAGUCGGUGCUGCCGUCCGUGGCAGAGGCGGCCACUGCAGCCGUCCAGGCGCUGCAGCAACCGGGUGCUGCACGUGUCGCACAUGCCGGCACACAGCGGGAGCACGGCGGCCGUGGCACGGCGCGGCAGGCGCAGGCGGUUGCCAUCUAUGAGCGCUUUAUGGACAAGCUGACGGGCCGAGGAGGGCAGCGUUCUGGGCAGCAGGGCGCUGCCCAGGGACACCGGCUUCAUGGGGCAGCAGGGGGAGAUGAGGGCCAGGGAGGUGAUGUCAGCAAUCGGCCGCUCAGUGUCUCGGAGCAGGUGUCUGUGCUGAUCGAGGAAGCCACCAGCCUUGAUAAGCUGGCGCAGAUGUAUGAGGGGUGGAGUGCGUGGAUCUGA